ACAUUUGGACUUGGCCCAACAUUUAUGGACAAAUUUAAUGGCAACCAGUUCAGCAACCUACAGGCAUCAAAUCUGUACUACCCCUUCAACUCCCACAAUGAAUGGGAGCUGGCAUCAUGGUUACUUUGUUCAGGCCUGAGCAUGAGAGCUAUAGACUCUUUCUUGUCAUUGUCAAUCAUAAGCCUGUCCCUAUUCUCUCUGAAGAUCAUUAUUGAUGUGCACCAGGUACAGCUACUAAAUAUUUCCUUUCGUACAGCCAGAGCACUUCAUGGGCUGGCUGAGUUACUCCCUGGUGGGCUGUGCUGGCACUCAAUGGAGAUUACUCCUUCAUGGCCAACCAAACACCCUGUGCACUUGUACUGGUGUGAUCCCCUGGAAUGCAUUGUGUGGCUCCUCAAGCACCCUUUGUUCUCUGACCAGCUUGAUUUCAUUCCGAGGCAUGUAUACAAUAUGCCCAAGAAGCUUUGUAGGGUGUAUACAGAGUGGAUGACUGCUGAUGAUGCUUGGUGUAUGCAGUCACAGCUUCUGAGUGGAGUGACUCUUCUUGGCAUGAUACUUUCAUCAGACAAGACAAAUAUUACUACUUUAUGUGGUGGCAGAGUUGCUCAUCCACUUCUCAUCAGCCUAGCAAAUAUCAAGAUGCCCACACACCUAAAAUUGUCAUCCAACUCAUUUAUGCUUGCUGCUCUCCUCCCCAUCCCCAAGUUU